GACUUGACUGGCAUAGAGUCCAUGGACCAAUGUCGCCACACACUGGAGCAGCACAACUGGAACAUAGAGGCAGCUGUGCAGGACCGACUGAACGAGCAAGAGGGUGUCCCAAGUGUCUUCAAUCCUCCUCCGCUGCGGCCGCUGCAGGUCAAUACAGCUGACCACAGGAUCUACAGCUACGUUGUCUCAAGGCCACAGCCAAGGGGCCUGUUAGGAUGGGGUUACUACUUCAUAAUGCUUCCAUUCCGAUUCACCUAUUACACAUUACUUGAUAUAUUUAGGUUUGCUCUGCGUUUUAUACGCCCUGAUCCUCGUAGUCGGGUCACCGACCCAGUGGGUGACAUUAUUUCGUUUAUUCAUAUGUUUGAGGAAAAAUAUGGGAGGAUACACCCUGUCUUCUACCAGGGAACUUACAGCCAGGCACUGAACGAUGCCAAGCGGGAGCUGCGCUUCCUGUUGGUGUAUCUGCACGGGGAUGACCACCAGGACACAGAUGAGUUCUGCCGCAAUACACUGUGUGCACCUGAGGUCAUCACCCUCAUCAACACUAGAAUGCUCUUCUGGGCUUGCUCAACCAAUAAACCAGAGGGAUACAGAGUGUCGCAGGCGCUGCGGGAGAACACGUACCCGUUCCUGGCCGUCAUCAUGCUCAAGGACCGCAGGAUGACCGUGGUUGGGCGGCUCGAGGGGCUCAUCCAGGCUGACGACCUCAUCAACCAGCUGAUGUUCAUCAUGGAUGCCAACCAGACGUACCUGGUGUCCGAGCGCCUCGAGAGGGAAGAGAGGAACCAAACCCAGGUGCUGAGGCAGCAGCAGGACGAGGCUUACCUGGCAUCCCUGCGUGCAGACCAGGAGAAGGAGCGCAAGAAGAAGGAGGAAAGGGAGAGGAAGAAGAAGAAGGAGGAGGAAGUGCAGCAGCAAAAACUGGCAGAGGAGAGGCGGCGGCAGACACUGCAGGAGGAGAAGGAGAGGAGGUCGGAGUGCCUUCCUCCAGAGCCACACCCCGAUGACCCAGAGAGCGUCAAGAUCAUUUUCAAGCUGCCCAACGAUUCCAGAGUGGAGCGGCGAUUCCACUUCACACAGUCACUGACGGUGAUCCACGAUUUCCUGUUCUCCUUGAAAGAAAGCCCUGAGAAGUUCCAGAUUGAGGCCAACUUCCCUCGCCGUGUCCUGCCCUGCCUCCCGACAGAGGAGUGGCCCAACCCCCCGACGCUGCAGGAGGCGGGACUCAGCCACACGGAAGUCCUCUUUGUGCAGGACCUCACGGACGAUUGACACUUCCUUUUUGGUUUUGUUUUUGUUUGUUUUGUUUUUUCGUUGGGUUUUUUUUUUUUGUUUUUUUUUUCCAGAAGACACAAAACGGAAAGAGAAAUUCAUAUUAUUAUUAUAAUACAAUAUUUUUUUUAAAAGACUGCGUACAAACGAGGGAUCAGAGACCACAUGGCCCGUGCCAGCCGUGUGCGCGCUGGCGAGAGGACACACGGCCAUCCCCUGCGCCGGGGGGCACACAGGGGGAGCUGCUGCUGCCCCUCCGCCCUCCCUGGGGAGGAACAGGAAUGGCAGCUCUUGGUAAUUAUUGCUUUUAUUGAUGACAAUAAUAAUAAAACCCCAGCAACCCAACAUCUUGUGAAGAUUUGAUACUCUGCUGCUCCUGAGAGACACAAGACCGAGCUCCGGAACGUGCUGGGAUUGGGGUGGGGGGAAAGGGCUGGACAGACUCUCUUCAGCUUCCCUCUGUGUAUAAAUACUGUUCUUUUAAUAUUUCUCUUGCUUUGUAAUGACCAAAGGAGAUUGGGGUUGACUAUAGUAUUAACUUUUUGAUAAAGAGCUGGUUCGAUUCUUACCCAUGUGGGGCCUUGCCCAGGGUUCUUAGCCUGCGUAGUGUAAUAAACUCUGCCUCUAGCA